GACCCUCACCCAGGCCCAGACCGCGGCAGAAUCCUCCGGCUGCCCCUCGGUUAACAAUGGUUUCUCGGAUGGUUUCUACCGUGCUAUCUGGCCUAUUAUUUUGGCUGACACUUGGAUGGACUCCCACAUCUGCUUAUAGCCCAAGGACCCCUGACCGGGUCUCAGAAACGGAAAUCCAGAGGCUGCUCCAUGGUGUUAUGGAGCAGUUGGGCAUUGCCAGGCCACGGGUAGAGUAUCCAGCUCACCAGGCCAUGAAUCUUGUGGGCCCACAGAGCAUCGAAGGUGGAGCUCAUGAAGGUCUUCAGCACUUGGGUCCGUUUGGCAACAUCCCAAACAUUGUGGCAGAGUUGACUGGUGACAACAUUCCUAAGGACUUUAGUGAAGACCAGGGUUACCCGGACCCUCCAAAUCCCUGUCCCGUUGGAAAAACAGUAGAUGAUGGAUGUCUGGAAAACACCCCGGACACAGCAGAGUUCAGUCGAGAAUUCCAGCUGCACCAGCACCUCUUUGAUCCAGAACAUGACUAUCCAGGCUUGGGCAAGUGGAACAAGAAACUCCUUUACGAGAAGAUGAAGGGAGGACAGACACGAAAGCGGAGGAGUAUCAAUCCAUAUCUACAAGGACAGAGACUGGACAACGUUGUCGCAAAGAAGUCGGUCCCCCAUUUUUCAGAUGAGGAUGAGGACCCAGAGUAG